GCGUGCUUAAAAACUUGAGUUUUGUUAAUUUUUCUUCGGUAGUAUGGAAAUGUGGUUUUUUUAGCUAUUGAGAAUUAUUUAUUAAAGUUAGUUAGUUUACCUAAUCGUUAAUUUAUUAUUAUAUUGUAUAUUGAGAAAUGACAUCAAAUAAUCAGGGUAUUAUAGUUUGCAAUAAUAAAAGUUUAAACUCCUUCCCAGGAUCAGAGAGUUCUUUGUCUUUUGAAUUAUUUCCUGUCGGAGCAGAGGUCAGCGCUAAGUUUAAAGGAGCCUUCUGCGAAGCAAAAAUUUUGUCCAUUGAUACAUGUUUAUACGUUCAUGUCUCCCUUAUGGACAGUGGAAAAGGGCUUAUUACUCCAAACAGGAAAACAUCGAAAAUAUUAUGGUCUGAACUUCUAAAAAAUUCAGAAAUCAAAGAAAUUAAACCGCGCGUUGGGGAAUCGGUUGUUUUUUCGCACCCUGAAACUGGUAUUCUCGUUAGUGGCGUUAUUAGUAAGAUUGUUGAUAAAAGUAAGUAUACUGUUCAGUUUGACGAUGAUGAAAUUAGUGUCGUCACUUCAGCUGGACUAAGACCUAAAGGUGAUAGGGCUUUCUUAAAUAUGAGCACUCUCGUCAACAUGCCUUUUACUGAUCCAAAGAAAUUUGUGGCACCGGUUGUAACCCCGAACUCUUAUAAAAAAAGUAAUUCACUGAAAUUAGAAAAUGAGGCAGAUUCUGAUUUGAACCGGAGCGCUACGCAGAGCUCUUUAUAUAAAUCUUCUGAUAGCAUUUUUGAAUUUCUCGAUGAAGCUGAUCAGCAUUGGGGCUCUAAGCGUGAGUGCGUAUUUGUGGAUCCUUUAGAUGCUACAGCGGAGUUUUGGCCCGUCGCUUUGAUUGUGCCUGAGUAUGAAGUUGAUGGAACAGUAAUGAAUGGCCUGAUUCCUUCACUUUCACAAUGCGUCGUUCUCUACCUUGACACAGGCAAAUUUGCGUUAGUAUCCAAGUUUCGUCUUCGCAUUUUUUCGCGGUCUGUGCCUCUAUAUAAAUUAUUUCAACGCAAUGUUCCACAUUUCAAGAACAAUAAAGGAGUUUUAGUUGCGCUCAGCUACAUUGAAACUGGUCUUGUUCCCACCGAUUACGCCUGGCCAUUAUUUUUACGUGAAAUGGAAGAAAAAGAAAAGCGUCCAUCUUUUUUGCCUAAUAUAAGUUUAAACGAGUUGUCCCCUCGCGAAUCCGUUGUGGGUUCGAUGCUUUCGACUCAUUCCUCUCAUACUAACGCGAGCAAUAAGAGGGGAAAAAAGUUAUUUGCUGAGUCCUUCGAGCCGCCCAAUCAGGGCUUUAUCGAUUCUUUUAAUUCUCUUGAGGUUGAUCUUCCCAUUUUAGAUGCAUCCAUUGGAACUGGUAUUGAGCAAGAAGUAAAAAAUAAUAAAUAUAAUACAAAAGUUACUAGCCUUAUAGGAACAAAACACAGUUUGUUAGAGAAACCUAGACAGAAAGAGCUUGAAGUUGGUAAUUGUAAGAGUGUUGUUUGCGAUAGUAAUAUAGUGAGUGGCCAAUGCGAUAUGGAUACCAGCUUACUUGAUGAGAUAUUAAUUAUAGAUAAUGAAGCUGAAGUUACUAAAACUUUUGCAUCUGUAGAGGCAAAUAGUGAUAUUUGUGCAAAUGUUAAUUAUAAUAGUGAUGGCGAUGUUAGUAACAUUAAUUGUAGUAAUAGUAGUGAUAGUAAUUGUGACAAUAACAAUAGUGAUAAUAUCAAUUAUACCAAUAAUUAUAGUAACAUUGAAAAUAAUGAAGAAAGUUGUAAUUAUAGCAACGUUAUUAACUGUUGUAGUACUAGUUAUGAAAGCUUGAAUGAUAUUAUUAUUGAAAAAAGUUCGUAUGAACUUGAUGAUAGUGCUAGUAGUAAAGAAGAUAACCUAAUUUUUGGUGUUAAAGACAGUAGCUUUGAUAGUUUUAUUAUUGAUGCCCCUGAUAUUGAUGACAACAAAUUUUGUAACCUUCCUGGGGAUGAUAAUAACUUUGCUAAUACUGACGAUAAAAGUAGUAUUCAUGGUAAUAAUACUUUUGAAGAUACUAGCGUUAGCGAUUUUUCUUGUAAAGCAAGUAAUAUUAGUGUUAAGGAUGCUUUACGGAAUAGUAUGAAAUACAACUCCAAAAAAUAUAUGAAAAAAACAACCAAGUCGAAAAUACAAAAUUUAGGAUUACAAAUAAAUUUAAAAACCAACUUAGUGGCACGGAAAGUUUCGGAGCAUCUUAAAGUAGACUAUAAAAAAAUACGCAAGCAGUAUGAGUUGAAAGUUCAAAGCAUGACCAUUGAUAUGGUAAAAACAAGAAUGGAAGAAUUAAAAGAGGAGUACAAGAAGAAAAGGAAGGAGUUGGAACUUUUGAAUAACGGCAAACGCACACAAGAAGAAAAAAAGAGACUAUAG